CUGUCAUCACGCAUACAUGAAAACAAGGAUGAUUUUGCUAGAAUGCAACUUCAUCACUUGAUCGCCUUCGGCACCGGAAGUAUGGCCGUUUCCGAGUGGCGUUUAUCGCUGAAGUUACUGGACCAGCCUUCCCUUCCCAAGUCACUGCUUCAGUUUCCAGAGGCAGAGCCUGGUGAUGUUCCUCCUGGUCAGUACCGCGUUGCGACUCUUAAACAGCUCGUUUCAGUGCAGUUACCGGACGCGAUUCCAGAUCCUGAGCUUAUAGAGUUGGUUUACUGUGGCAGGAAGCUGAGGGAUGAACUCACUUUAGACUCUUACGGCAUCCAAUCAGGAUCAACAGUCCACAUCCUGAGAAAGUCAUGGCCAGAACCUGAGAUCCAAGCAGAGGCAGUGGACAGGGGGACGACUGCAAGAGAAUUUCGUGUCCUGCUGGCAGCUCUUCACACCAGCACAGCCUACAGAGACUCGGUUUUUAAGAUGCUGAACAACAAGGAGUCUUUGGAUCAAAUCAUUGUGGCGACACCCGGACUGAGUGGUGAUCCCUUGGCCCUAGGUGUGCUUCAAGACAAGGACCUCUUUAUGCAAUUCUCUGAUCCGAACAUGCUCGACAUGUUGAUUAGCUCUCACCCAACAUUGGUUAAUGCCAUUAUUCUGGUGCUACAUUCUGUAGCUGGCAGUGUUCCCACCCAGCAGAGUGCUGGCUCCUCUAGAAAUGUUUCCUCCAGCUCCUACAGUGAUAUGCCAGGUGGUUUUCUUUUCGAAGGCAUGUCGGAUGAUGAGGAAGAUUUCCAAUCGGGGACUCGCAGUGGGCCAUCCUCAGGUUCUGCAGGUUCUUCAGGUCUAAGACCUGCUACUUUAGGUUACAGAGGAGCAGUAGGGCCCAGGCCAAUCACACAGAGUGAACUUGCAACAGCUCUGGCCCUAGCCAGCACCCCAGAAAGCAGCGCUGUUACACCUACCAUCGGAAAUCAGGGAGCUUCUUCAGGGGUUUCCCCUAUCCCUGCAGGAACUCCAAUAACAAAUGACCUUUUUAACCAGGCCCUGCAGCAAGCCAUACAGGUGUCUAGCAUAUCAUCUCUGCAAAGUCAGUGGCAAUCUCAGCUCCAGCAACUGCGUGAUAUGGGAAUUCAGGAUGAGGAGCUGAUUCUGCGAGCCCUACAGGCCACUGGAGGAGACAUCCAAGCUGCCCUAGAGCUCAUAUUUGCAGAGUUUUCAGUCAUUUUGGCACAUAUAUUUUGGAGAGAAAAUUAUCUGUAUAUCUGGAUGAUCAUUUUUGGGAAGGUGUGAAUUAUUUUUGAGUGCACUGUAUUGUGUCUUGCUACAUAUGUCAUUGUUAAAAUUGGCAUUUUGUUAUUAUUGUUGUAUUUUGACGAAAUGUAUUUUUUUUUUAGUUUUAGGGAAUUAACCUCAAAGUUAUAACGUUAUUCAUUUGUAAAUGAUACUAUAUAAUACUUUUGUUAAAAUUAACUCAGCUAAAUCAAUAAAAAAAAAACAUCAGCAAAGUUCUACAUUGCUGAGUUUAUUGUUCUGCAAUAAAAAAAAAAAAAAAAGAGUUUAAUAUGUUCAUAUGUCACUGCUGUAUUGUUAUUAACGCCAUGAUGUCAUUCAAGUCAUUGUGUAAGGUGUUGCCAAAUUGGUUGUAAAAGCUCCUUUGUACCGAAAAAACAUUCAUUUGGCUCUAAACUGGCCUAGUUAUUGUAUUCCAAAAUGUUUUAAUAUGUAUGUAUUCCUAACGGCUUACUUAUUGCAUUCCGAAAUUGUAAUAAACAUUAAUUCCCACA